GUUGAUCGGCCGCUCGGCCAGGCUGAAAUACAUCCAGCAGUUGAUGGCGAAGCGGCGCAGCCAACGGACGUGUCCAGCUGCGAUCUCCAGAGGGAAACUAAUCUAAUCGAAGAACACGAAAUGAAUCUAUCAAUUCCGGUGCUAUUUGUGGCCCUCAUCUGUGUGGGAGCUGUAUCGGCGUUUCCCCAACUGAGGCAGCGCAACGAGAAGCAGGUCCAAACAGGCGUUGAAGAUUUGCCUUCCAAGGGCGCCACUAUCGAGGAAGUAGUGGUGGAAUCAGCCUUGUACAUAAAACCGAAGUCUAACCCACAGGUACGACGCGUCCGUUCGGUCCUCGAUCAAAUAUCCGGAAUCCACGCUACUCAUAAGAGGGUGAAGCGUCAGUUUGGACGACAAUUUGGUGGUCAGUAUGCUGGAAACCCCGGAUUCGGCGGAGGAUUCGGUGGAGGGCCUGGUUUUGGAGGUGGUUUCGGCGGUAAUCAGGAUUUUGGAGGUAACCAAGGAUUCGAAGGUAAUCAGGGAUUCGGUGGUAACCCAGGAUUCAAUGGUAAUCCAGGAUUCGGUGGUAAUCCAGGCUUUGGUGGUAAUUCAGGGCUCGGUGGAAAAGUUCAGGCAGGCACAUCGGCCGGUGCUGGAGGAACCAAAGCGGGGGUUGAUGUUGGAGCCGGACCAGACGGCGGAAAUGCCAAUGCCAACGUCGAGUUAAAUCCGCUUGGACCACUUGGACCCAGUGGUUACAACCAGGAGCAGGCCGCAUCCAAUGGAGCUGCCCACAGCAACUACAACAAUGGACUCAAUUCUGGAUCCUCGGCCGCCAUUGGCCAGGCUCAAGGCUUCCAGUCGCAGAGCACCAAUGGAUCAUUCGGUGCCUCCUCGGCUAGUACGGCUACUCAGUCCCAGAACAGCAGCCCCUUCGGAUCCAAUAAUGCGGCAGGUGCUUCGCUGAGUCAGGUGUACCACCUUCCCAAUGGACAGACAAUCAACUUUAGCUCCACGAACAGCUUCGCUAAUGGAGGAGCCAAUCAUGGCAAUAGCCAUGGGUCGGCAGUGUCUGUCAGCCGUUAAAAGCAAAAUCCAGCCUACAGGGAAAAUACCUCCAAGUUAAUCUAUUGGUCAGCAAUCCUAUGUGCAAAUGUCUAAAAAACCCAAAUAAAUAUUUAUGAUUAAAUUAAA